GCGAUGUCUCCACGUAACCAGACCUCGUUGUCUCGGGUUUCUCUCGCCUUCACUGACGGUGACCCGACGCCACUCACUCCGCCUAUUUAAGGCUUUCCCUCUCCAUUUCCGAUCGCCGGAAAAGAAGAAGAAAACGAAGAAUAGGGAAGCAAAAGGCUCAACAGCAUGGCGUCAGAGAGGAGUCGGAUUCUAAUCAUCGGUGGGACGGGCUACAUAGGGAAGUUCAUUGUGAAGGCCAGCGCUCUCGCCGGUCACCCAACCUUCGCCCUCGUCAGGGAGAGCACCGCCGCCGAUCCAGCUCAAGCUACGAUCCUAGACGAAUUUAAGGCCUCCGGUGUUACUUUCGUUUAUGGGGAUUUGUACGAUCACGCUAGCUUGGUGAAGGCGAUAAAGGGGGUGGAUGUGGUGAUUUCAACUGUCGGACGAGGCCAACUUGCUGACCAGGCUAAGAUUAUUUCGGCCAUUAAGGAGGCAGGAAACAUCAAGAGAUUCCUUCCUUCUGAGUUUGGCAAUGAUGUUGAUCGAAGCAACUAUGUGGAUCCUGCUAAAUCCACAUUCAAGAUAAAAUCCCAGAUUCGUCGAGCAAUUGAGGCAGAGAAAAUCCCUUAUACAUAUGUCUCAUCCAACUUUUUUGCCGGCUGUUUCCUUCCUUCUUUGGCGCAGGCGACCACUACAAGCCUCCCAACUGACAAGGUCUUUAUCCUUGGCGAUGGCAAUGCCAAAGCAAUCUUCAAUUACGAGGAAGAUAUUGGCACAUUCACCAUCCAAGCUGUGGAUGACCCGAGAACCCUCAACAAGGUUUUGUAUUUGAGACCUUCCCACAACAUCUACUCACACAACGAGCUUGUCUCUCUUUGGGAGAAGAAGACCGGCAAGACUUUUGAGAGGGUUUAUAUUUCAGAAGAGGAAAUUCUCAAACAAAUUCAAGAAGCGCCGGUACCGCUGAAUAUUAUUCUGUCGAUCCAUCACGCGACUUUUGUGAAAGGAGACCAUACAAAUUUUGAGAUAGAUCAGUCAUCAGGAGUAGAGGCCUCACAGCUUUACCCGGAUGUUAAGUAUACCACUGUGGAUGAGUACCUCAACAGGUUCCUGUGAUAGAAGUUAAUAGUAUGGGUGAGGGCAUGAACUGGCUUAUUUUCUUGCUGCUAAUAAGUUGCUCUUGUGUCUACCUUAUCGAAAUAGUCUUAUGGUUUUGUUGUUUUUUCGAGUCAGACCGUGCAGGCUCGUGUAUUGUACAUUAAGUUUGAUGUUCGAUGUUGGUCGAGCCAGGUCUUUGUGUGUUUUUGUGCUUUGGUUUGGUGGUUGGGUUCCUUUUAUUGCAGAAAGAUUAUGAUAUUCAUGUUUAGCUGCUUAAUAACUAAUGUCAAAUUUGCUUCUGAUGUUUCAAAAAAUAGUAGCAA